GUCAAGGUUGGAGACCAUGGUCUGGUGUUCGGAAGAGACAAAAUAAUGGCAGAAGUGUACAAGGGUGGCCCUAUCAGCUGCAGUUUCGAGGCCACAGACACCUUUCGUAAUUAUACUGGAGGAAUUUUCGCGGAGCUUAAAACGAUGGUCUUGCUUACCCAUUCUGUGACCGUCACUGGUUGGGGUGUGGAGAACGGCACCGAGUUCUGGAUCGUAAGAAAUUCUUGGGGAAGCUCUUGGGGAGAAGAUGGCUGGUUCAGAAUCGUCACCAGCAGAGCCAUGGGAGGUAAAGGCGACCUCUACAACCUGGGAAUAGAGAGCAGGUGCCGCUACGGUGACGUCAUUGUUUAGUAACACGCAACAUCAACACCCUGGGAAGUCGGAAGGUGGGCUUCCUCUUUCUGCCUCAUUACGCGUAAUCCUCUUCCCAUGAUUGGGUUGGGUUUUUUUGUUGUUGUUGUUGGGUUUUAAUUUUUUUGGUUCUUGUGAUUGUUUUGUUUUUCUGUUUUUUUAGCUCAAAAUUCAUUGCUUCCAUUCCAAUCCUCAAGGUUUGUUGGAAGUGAUACUAUUGCUUUUGACGUCAUUCAUUCUCGAGUUUUUAGAAGAAUUGCUGCUACAUUUGCGUUACUAAAAUAAAUCAUCAAGGUUGUUUUUUUAAUAA